UGCUGUAGAGUGAUUUUUUUAGGUGAAAGUAUAGUAGUAUGUAGCAAAAAUCAGUUAGAUUCCGUUCUCCGAAUCAUUCACAAUAAAGUAGUUUUUGAUACCAGAUCUAUGACGAGAAGGCGGCGAAUAAAAUUAAUAAUCGAGGCGGUAUGCAGUGGUCUGUGUAAAACGGAGAAUGAACUGAAGAAGUUAUUAUCUUUAUUGUUCUUCGAAAAUGAUCAUUCAUUAGCAGAUGAGCUAAAUUUUCUUAUCAAUAGAAAAUUGAUUUGUUGUCAGAAAGGUAUGAAUUAUGAUGAUGGAAUCAAGGAAUUACGUGGAACUCAACUUGGUCGGGCUAUAUUUGCGUCAUCAUUAGCACCUGAUAUUGCUUUACAAGUUUAUGCUGAUCUUGAGAAGGCUAUGCGUUCACUAGCAUUGGAUACUGAACUCCAUUUACUGUAUUUGGUAAUUUUUGUUGCUCUGGUGACACCACUGUAUAACGAUUCAAUCUGGGUAAACUACAUUGAUUGGAAUGUAUAUUACAAAAUUUGGUGCAAGCUACCUGUCAGAUUGCAAAGGGUGGGCAAAUUAGUUGGUGUUUCAGAGAGCUUUAUUAUUGGAAAAUUACAAGGUAGACAAGCGACAGACGUUAGCAGUUUGCAGGUACAUUUAAGAUUCCUUUCUGCUUUGGCACUUUUUGAUUUGAUUAGGGAAAAGCCCUUAAGUAGUGUUGCUCAUCGUUUUCAUAUCAAUCGUGGAGCUUUACAAACUAUGCAGCAACAAUCUGCAACAUAUGCACGUAAGUUACAAACCAUAAUCGAAUAUCAAUGCUCUUCUGAGAUGUAA